AUGUCUAUAAGAGAGAGUGAGUUAGAUGACGACCAUGAGCAACUACUAGUAAGGGAUGGUAUGGUAGUUGGCCUUCAACAACCUAAUGGAAGUUUUGUUGACGAAACGGGUGUGCAGGUAGGUGCAGAAGAUUUCUGUAGCAAAAGUAGUUGGCACAUUUGCCACGAUAUGACUCAAUCGUGGAUCGAAUAUGCUUGUAAAUGGUCGGCAAAUUGGUACCAGAUCUGUGUAGCAGACGAAGUGGAAUCGUAUCCCUGUCCGCUAUGUCCUGAAAGAGUGUUUUUGACUUCAUUUGGAUUGGAACGACAUUCUACAGAAAAACAUCCGGAACACCUUCAAGAGAUUCUGGAGCACAUCGAUGUGAUUGGUGAAGAAUGGCGUAGGCGAGAGGAAGAAAUAGCGAGACGAAGAGACCGUGUCUAUGCCACCCGUUUGAGGCAGGAAUCUAUUGCCAGGCAUGCCAUAGAGCAAGUUGCCAACGGAACCCUUGGUCAAUUUCCAGAACGUCGUUUCAAGGCUUGCAGUCAAUGCGGAAUACUAGUCGAUGCCAAUAGUCCAGCUGCGAUGGAGAGUCAUUUGCGAGCUCAUAAAAAAAAUGAUGACCUUAAAAUGAAACUCCUUGCACGAUACGGUCCUGAGGAAGUAGGACGACUGAUUUGUCGCGAAUGCAACAUGGUGUUUGGAGAUGAGAGCGGCCUCCUUGUACAUAAUGAACAAAUGCACAUUAGGAAGCGAAAGUAA